AUGAAUGGCCAUUUCUUGUUCGUCCCCCCUCCCGAGGCCCCAGUAUUUCGGCCUAAUGAAGAGGAGUUCAAAGACCCCCUGGAUUACAUAGCGAAAAUUCGCCCGAUCGCAUUCAAGACCGGAAUAUGCAAGAUUGUUCCACCAAAGACAUGGAAUCCCCCGUUUGCUGUCGACAUCAAUGAGUUUCGUUUUAAACCAAGAAUUCAAAGGCUUUAUGAAUUAGAGGGCGGUGAUAAACUUCGUGUGCCGAGUAUAGCAGGAAAAUAUCUUGACAUUUUUAAGCUUUAUAAGUUGGUCACUGAAAAUGGAGGUUACCAAAGCGUUUCUGAUUUGCGGAUUUGGCCUACCAUUGCCGAAAAGUUAGGCUAUCAGGCCACUCGUCAUGCUUCCGUUAUCAAACAAAACUAUGAGAGGAUAUUGCUUGGCUUUGAUGUUGUCGUUAAUGCGAAUGGGGGAAAUGACGAAGAUGUUCAGGAGAUAAAUUAUUCAGCCAAUAAUGAACUUAAAAACCUUAGAUUUUUUGGAGCUGGCCCCAAAGCGACAGUUCCUAUCAUUGGUGGUAACACUGACCGUAAUUGCAGUACUAACUUAGAAGAAUUCAGUUGUCGUGUUUGUGGAUCAGGAGAUGAUGAAGCAGAUCUUUUAAUAUGCGAUACAGAUUCUUGUCAAGCGUGCUAUCAUCUCUACUGUCUGACUCCACCCCUUACCUCCGUACCUAAAUGUCGUUGGAAAUGUCCUGAUUGUGUCAGACGUGCGUGCACCCUUCCAAACGAGCUAUAUGGUUUCCCGCAAUCACAAAAAACAUACACUCUUUACGAAUUUGGUGUUCAGGCUGAUCAAUUCAAGGCAAAAUAUUUUGGUACUGAGCCAUGUUCAAUGACUUAUUCCGCUGUUGAGUCUGAAUUUUGGCGUAUUCUACAAGAAUAUAACGAAGAUGUUGUUGUUGAGUAUGGUGCUGAUAUUCACUCGAGCGAUGUUGGAUCAGGUUUUCCAACUUGGGGCAGAAUUAAGACCUUGGUAGGUACAGCAGAACAAUUAGAAGAGGCAAAGCGUUAUGCUGCAAGCCCUUGGAAUCUCAACAACAUAGCUGUCUUAGAUAGGUGA